GGUGGUCUUUAAGCGUUAGGCUGUCGGUUUAUACACCGGUUUAGUGCCAGUUUGGAUUAAAAACUCCCAGUUGUUAAAAACAUUAUAGUCUGGAUCUGGGAUGUCUGGACACUGAGUGUCAUCUGUGUGUAGAAAGAGCAGGGAAAGGAAAGGAAAGGAAAGGAAAGGAAAGGCUCCUCCUAGAUAUAUUAUCUUGUAAUUUGUCUCUUUGUUGAUCGGCUCUUAAGAAGCAAAGGUCCUGAACGUUAUCGUCUCCAACCUACACAUUGUUUCUCAUCAUAUCUGUGACUUACACAUACCCUUUCCUUCUUCCUGAUCUCUCCUCACUUCUACACAGCACUCUCCUACACCUCCCACAAUCCUCCACUUUUAGCGCUGCCCUCCGGAGUUGCCAUGGCGGCCGCCAAGCCAAAAGGGCAGAACUCUCUGGCCCUGCAUAAAGUGAUUAUGGUCGGCAGUGGAGGUGUGGGCAAGUCAGCUCUCACCUUGCAAUUUAUGUACGACGAGUUUGUGGAGGACUAUGAGCCUACGAAAGCUGACAGCUACAGGAAGAAGGUAGUCCUGGAUGGAGAGGAGGUUCAGAUCGACAUUCUGGACACAGCUGGCCAAGAAGACUAUGCGGCCAUCAGAGACAACUACUUCCGCAGUGGAGAGGGUUUCCUCUGUGUCUUCUCCAUCACCGAGCUGGAAUCAUUUGCUGCAACUGCUGACUUCAGAGAGCAGAUCCUGCGUGUGAAAGAGGACGAGAACGUGCCCUUCCUUCUGGUGGGGAACAAAUCGGACCUGGAGGACAGGAGACAGGUGAGCGCAGACGAGGCCAAGGGUAGAGCUGAGCAGUGGGGCGUGUGCUACGUGGAAACAUCCGCCAAAACCCGCGCCAACGUGGACAAGGUGUUCUUUGACUUGAUGAGAGAAAUCCGUGCCAGGAAGAUGGAAGACAGCAAGGAGAAGAACGGGAAGAAGAAGAGGAAAAGUCUGGCCAAGCGAAUUCGAGAGAGAUGUUGCAUUUUAUAGUACAAAAAGUUCUUUAACAAUCGUCACCAUGCUCUUCCCUUAUGUUUAAAAUAUGUAAAUAUAGUCUGUUCCAUAUUUCGUGUGUGUGUGUGGGGGGGGGUUCGCAGCGUUGUCACGGUGUUUGUGCGUCAGAGCCAGAGCUGGUUUUAUAGUGCUUUACAGUUUCGCCUCAGGUGAAGCUACUAGGAGCUCUUCCUCACUUUCCGCCAUGUGUUCAUCAUUACAUUAUGUACCAGAAAUCCACAAUAUCUUGUGGAGUGUCUUUCCCUCUCAAUCCAGCCAGGCUCAGAACAAACCCCGUGAACCUGCUACUCGAUUAAAAUCCUGAACCGGAACCAACUGGUUCCUAUGACCAAGACUCGGAUCUAUUGCGUCUGGGCUAUUUGCUCACUUCUUUUGUGAAAAAGAGGUCAAAUAACCCGGCAGACGGGCCUUGAACUGCCUUCAGAUGGAAAGAAGUCACUAAUGGACCCUUGUGUGUCCUUGUUGUCAAAACAUAUAUAUCUUUUUUAUUAUUAUUAUUAAAAUUGAAAUAUAUUGUUGUUACAGUUAAAAUGCUGUGAACUGAUUGGCUGUCAGUUGUGAUUAAUUGUUGCUAAUGAAAUUAAAAGCACAGUAUCCUCUGAAAUCGGGUUAAUAGUUAGUAAACGCCAACACUUAUGAACUAUGAAACACUAGUUGUGAAUGUUUAACAAUUUCCCCCCUGUAUUUAAUUUCAUACUUUUUUUGCUAAGCUUAUGAGAGAUGUGAAUUGGGAACAGGAAGCUGUUUUGUGAAGCAUUGUGGGCCAUUUGACUCUUCCUGAUGCCUUGAUGUCCGAUGUGAAUGUGAAGCUCCGUGUUGAACCUUUCAAUGACGUCAUAUUGGAGCAGUAGUUUGCGGGGAAUGCCAGUUUCCCUGUAGAAAAUGAUUUGAAACUGUUACCACUGUGCAGGGCUUUAUCGUAGUUUGUAAAUGUGGUGUUUUGCAAGUUGUCACAAUUUACAAAAUUUACAAAAAAAAAAGCCACGACUAAUGCUAAAGCCCUGUAAAAUACCACUACGAUGUUUGUUUGUCUUUUUGUAUGCGGUAUGUGGCUGAUGUGGGCUUUAUUCUGUACGUCUUCUUUAUUCAAAACAAAACUUAUUAGAUAAUUAGGAUGUUUUAAAUGCUGUUAUUAGCUUUCUAUUUUGUUUCUUUUUAUUGAUGACAGUAUGAAUGAAUUUUACAUUUCAAAAUGUAAAAUAUUACUUUCACUGUACUCUUUGGUUCAAGUAUGUGUAUUUUUGUUAAUAUACCUCCCUCUUUUCUGUUG